GUUUGACCGAGUUCUGAUUCCGGAGUAGUGGUGAAGGAGUUACAUAUUGCGUGCUACAAACAGGAGGAAUGGGUUCACUCGGAGACUACGAAAUCAACGGAUCACUACAGACUGAGGACUCCAUUGUCAUCACCAAGUCGGAACCCAUCACGGUCCGUCCUGCAACGAAAACUGAUGAUGAUGGGUUUUACUACUUGUCCAAUCUGGAUAUACACGUGAACUUCAUUCUUGAGAUGCUAUUCUGCUUCAAGGCCGACGAUGACAGAAGAAGCGGGGGUGUUGUUGGCAGUGAUGUAUUCAAGAGUGCCUUGUCUAAGGUCUUGGUCCAUUAUUACCCGCUGGCCGGCGUUCUUACCACCGAUUCCGAUGGCCGACUAACCGUGGAAUGUACCGGAGAAGGGGUGCAGUUUGUUGAGGCGGUAGCCGACUGUGAUAUUGAUGCAUUAGGUGACAUCAGCAAGCGCGAUCCUGCGUUACUAGAGAAGUUUGCUCAUGUCUUUCCGGAAGCAACGAGCACCCUACAAGCACCUCUUUUGACUCUUCAGGUGACAAGGUUCAGGUGUGGAGGCUUUGUCAUUGGAGCAGCAUUCAACCAUUGCAUAUCAGAUGGAACAUCUAUGACAGAGUUUGUAAAUUCAUGGGCUGAAAUCGUCCGAGGCGCUGCUUUAACCCAGAAGCCCUUUUUGGACAGAGGAAUAAUUAGAUCAAAACAACCUCCAAAGAUAGAAUUCCCUCACACAGAGUACUCGGUGAUUGAUGCCCCACCAGGCUCCUUCACUCCCUUCGAAGAUCACCAACUGAUUUUUAGGUCCUUCUCUUUUACUCCCCAAGAGCUUUCCCAUCUUAAGGAAAUCGCAAUGGCGGACGGCGUCAUAAACAAGUGCACCACCUUCACGGUGCUCACAGCGUUGUCAUGGCGUGCUCGGACCCAGGCGGUUGGGUUGAGUCCAAACCAAAAGACGAUACUUCUCUUUCCCGUGGAUUCCCGCUCCAAAUUCCAACCUCCAUUGCCCAAAGGAUACUUUGGCAACGCCAUCCUUCUCAUGCACUGCGUUUGUAGUGCAGGGGAGUUAAUAGAGAAGCCAUUGUCCUUUGCCGUCAAAUUGAUUCAAGAAGCCAUCGAUUCGGUUACAGACAAGUACCUUAGGUCGUCUAUCGACUACUUCGAGGUGCAUAAACCUGACUUGACAUUCACACCAGCUACAUUCGUUGUUAGUACGUGGAUGAGACUCUCAUACGAAGACAUAGAUUUUGGAGUGGGAGCCCCUACACAAAUCGGACCUGUUGUGCUGCCGGAAAAUCUAGCUCUCUACCUCCCUCGUGGAAAAGGUGUCACUAUGUUAUUGGGUUUGCCAGGCCCAGCCAUGGAUAUCUUCCGAGAGCUGAUAAAAUAUUAGGCUAAGUUAGUUUGAUCGUUAUCUAUUGGAACUUGGGAAGAGAGAUGUUAGCUCUGGUUAUUAGUAGUUUCAUUACAUUAAUUGCAAUUAAUGGAUAUAUAUAUAUAUAUAUAUAU